AUGGAUGAAUCAAAAGAAAUAGAUACACCCACUGCAACAACUACUAAAUUAGACAUAGAUGAACCUGGUCAUAUGUUGAUUAGAAGUCGUAUAGGGGCAAAUCCUAAGGAAUCCCACUUAACUGUUGUCAAGAGGAUACUGAGAUAUUUGAAAGGCACUACUGACCUUUGCCUUUGGUACCAUAAAGAUAGUAACUUUAAUCUAGUAGGAUGUGCUGAUGCUGAUUAUGCAGGUUUCCUUGUAGAUAGGAAAAGAACCUCAGGUAUGACUCAUUUUCUUGGUUCAUGUCUGGUAUCAUGGGCCACUAAGAAGCAGAAUUCAGUAGCUUUAUCCACUGCUGAGGCUGAGUAUGUUGCUACUUCCUCUUGUUGUGCUCAACUACUGUGGAUCAAACGACAACUGAUGGAUUUUGGCAUUGAAGUUGAUUAG